UGUAGCAUGUAUUUCCUCUUCCCAAGCCUACCUCUUAGUGAGAGAUCAAAUAGAAAAAUCAAAAUCUGAAGUUAUUGAGUAUCAGGCUUCGUAUGAGAAACUUCAGGCUGAGAAGGAUAUUCUUGUCUUAAAGGAAAGGGAACUCAGUGUUAAAAGUGAUGUCAUUGAUUUCCUUUGUCUGCUGCAAUUGAGAAUUCAAAGAUUUCAGAUCUUAGGAUAGAAAUAUAGAAGCAGUACGAUGAGAGAAAGAUGACUGAAACAAAGGUGGAAGAUGCUUCAAGAGAACCUGGAAGAAAAGAAAUCAUUGCAGAAUUUAAAGCCUUGGUGUCUUCCUUUCCUGUGGAAAUGGAAAACAUGCAAGACCAAUUGCGAAAACAUAAAGAAACUGCUUCAGAUGUUCAUUCUUUGAGGGCUGAUGUGCAAUUUCUUUCUAGCAUUCUUGACAGGAAGGUGAAAGAGUGUGAAACUCUAUUCGCUAGAUUCACUGGUCAGGCUGCUGAGAUACAGAAAUUGCAAACCGUGGUAUGUAUUAUGUUUUCAGAUUUGUAUCUUUUACAUGGUCACUAGGUGGAGACUGGCCAUCACUAUUAAUCUUUGGUUAAUUGUAUAAAUGUCAUGUCAUAUUAAAUUUAUCCUUCUAAGUUCUAAGUAUGUACAAUGGAAACUGGUUCUAUGGUUUUAUAUUCAUUGAUUCUUUUCAG